CAAAGGAACAAUGACAUUGUAAUACUCACACACACUCUGUUGGAUGCAUUAACACAUCAUUAUGCAGUGGUGUUUCUCCUGAGACUGAUUGUGCUGAUGAGUCACAAGUGCUCAUUGACAAGUAUAAAGAAUGGCCACCAAUAUGACUCUGCUCCUUCAUUCUCACUCUGAAGUCUCAACCCACUAUGAUAAAACUACAGUGGACAUUGAUGCUAUCAUGGAUAAUGUUAACAAUGUCCUCUACACCAUCGUUGUUCUCCUGGGCACCACUGGGAAUUCUUUGGUGAUCUGGGUGGCUGGCUUCCGUUUGAAGCCCAGUGUCACCAACAUAUGGCUGGUCAACCUGGCUGUGGCCGACCUGAUCUUCUGCUUUACCCGAGUCAUUUCGCUCAUCAAAAAUCUUUUCUUUGACCACUGGCCUUUUGGAGAGUUUCUCUGCAAGUUCAAUGGCUUCUUCAAGUAUGCCAACAUGUUCUGCAGUGUCUUCCUUCUGGCUGUCAUCAGUGUGGAUCGAAUGCUCUGUGUUUGGCGUCCAGUGUUCACCAGAGAAAGACGGACAUUGUGUGCUGCCCGUGUGGUCAGUUUAGGGGUUUGGAUUGUGGCAGUCAUCUUCAGUUCACCAUACUUUGUGUACCGGCGGGUUUACUCUAAAAACAACUUGAGCAAGUGCUCGUUCGAGGUGAAAGAAUCAUCAGACGCUGACACUGUAGCAAGGAACGCCUUGUACAGCAUCCGCUUUUUAUGUGGAUUCUUGCUGCCCUUCCUGGUCAUCCUCAUCUGCUACAUACUAGCUGGUGCUGGGAUACGUAGAACUCGACUCUCUGGCAAAUCACAGCCUCUCCGUAUUCUUGCCGCACUUGUCUGUGCCUUUUUCUUAUGCUGGGCCCCCUACCAUUGCCUACUGCUCGCCAAAAUGGUGGACAAGAAGAGCCAAGCAGUCAAACUGGGCCUGCCAGUUGCUAAGGGCUUAGCCUAUUUCAACAGCUGUAUUAACCCAGUGCUGUACUUUUGUAUGGGACUGAAUGUUGGGCUACGCUUUAAACAAAGUCUAUCAGGAAUUUUUCGCCGAGCACUAAUGGAAGAAGGCCACACCGUGCAUCCCCAGGAAGGCACUGUGGAAGAAAGCUGUAAUUCCAUUCCAAAGACUGCAGGCAAAGUUCGAGAUAAACCUGACGGCAUGACUAAUGUUUAAGACCAGAAACAUACUUUAAUACAAACAUUUUAAUGCAGUGUCAGUGCAAGCAUGCAGUCCCCUUAUACCAGUGUCAGAACUUAAAGGAAUAGUUCACCCAAAAUGAAAAUUGUCUCAUCAGUUACCAGGGUUGGGAGGGUUACUUUGGAAAUGUAUUCCACUACAGAUUACAGAAUACAUGCUGUAAAAUGUAAUUUGUAAUGUAUUCCGUUAGAUUACUCAAAGUCAGUAACGUAUUCUAAAUACUUUGGAUUACUUCUUCAGCACUGGUAGAUUUUUUCACUUGUUUUAACUAUAAAAACUCCAGUACAGUAAGACAAAAUACACACGUUAAAAAUAUAUUCUCUGAAAAACCUAAAUAUCUUAUGCAGUGUUGUUUCUAAAACUAGAUAAAUCAAAUUGAUCUUGUUUUAAGGAUUUUUAGAUAUUUUACAGGAAAACAAUACAAAAAUUAUUAUCAAGAAUACGAUUUUUGCCCUAAUAUCAAAGGUCUUACUAGAAAAAAGAAAUUAUGAUCCAAGGUGAAUUUUCUUGAUAAAAAAUAUGAUCGUGCCUGGUAACGUGCAUGUAAAAUGGCUAGAAAUAGCAUUUUAGCUUAGCGUAAAGCUGACAGUUUACACAAGGUUUAUUUCUAUUUCUUCUACUCCAAAGUUACUUCAAACUUACUUUUCUGUCUGCUCGUAUGAAUGUGACACAUCAUAAGAAAGUGUUUCACCGCUGUUCAAAUGCACUUUGGAUCAAAUCAUUUAUAUGUAUAAAUGUUUUCCAUCUGAAAGGACUAAAUAUUAAAUGAAACAAAUGACAAUAAAAUGCAAAGUAAUCUCUUCAGUAAUCAAAAUACUUUUUGAAUGUAACUGUAUUCUAAUUACCAAUGAUUUAAAAUGUAACUGUAGUGGAAUACAGUUACUUAUAUUUCGUAUUUUAAAUAUGUAAUCCCGUUACAUGUAUUCCGUUACUCCCCAACCCUGUCAGUUACUCACUCUCAUGCCAUCCCAGAUGUGUAUGACUUUCUUUCAUCUGCUGAAUUCAAAUGAAAGUUUUUAGUAGAAUAUUUCAGCUCUUUUGGUCCAUACAAUGCAAGUGAAUGGUUGCCAAAUCAUAAAAAGCAUCAUAAAAGAAAUCCAUAUAAUUCUUCAGAAGUGAUAUGAUAGGUGUGGGUGAGAAACAGAUCAAUAUUUAAGGUCUUUUUUUUACUUUAAAUUCUCCUUCAUGCUCA